ACACCGUAAAGGCACAGCGCCAAGGCGAGUCCCCCACCUUAAAUGAUAUAACAAAAAUACCCCCUCCCCGUUCUCGCUUUUCUCACCGGCCGACGCCGUUCUCUCCGACUUCGAUUCCAGGAUCUUUCAUCGCUUCGAGAGGGGGGAUUCUUGCAGCCAAACACGCCUUCAACUCCGAUCGCUCGCCCAUUAGAUUCUGAUCCAAGCAUGGCUAACAGGCACACCAUUAUUCUAAUGCAGACAUCUCAAAACAGGGCAACUAGAACGUUUAUGGAUUAUAAUUCAAUUAGUCAAGCUAUGGAUGGAAUCUGUGGUUUGUAUGAGAGGAAACUCAAGGAUCUUAAUCCCACAAAUGGAAAUAUCACAUAUGACAUCGCUGAUCUUUACAACUUCAUAGAUGGCCUGACCGAUCUUAGUGCAUUGGUGUAUGAUCACUCAAUUCAAGCUUUUCUGCCAUAUGACCGGCAGUGGAUAAAACAAAGGAUAUUUCAACACCUGAAGAAAUUGGCCUCCCGUUAAAUAUCGUUGUUGGCUAUGGUAGAACCUACAAAACUUGAAGAAAGUGUGGAUGUUAUAGAGUGUUGUUUACUGAAUCCUACAAAAGAAGAGUUCUCUAUUGUGUGUAGUCUUGUUAAUUUGAAGUGCUUGCCCUUGGUCAGUCUGUGGAUAUCAGAGGUUCCCUCAUUGGGUUCGGAUUGCCUGUUUGACAUGUCACAACUAGAAAUGUAUCGUGGUAGGUCACCCCUUCUUGUGGGCAGAUGUUUCAACAGUUUUCAUAUGGCUCUCCCAUUUAUUAUUCAAGUUACCCUAUUUUGAUGCUCCA